UCAAUUAUUUGGCUUUUGGAAACUGAUAAGACAGUUGAAGUUACAGAGGCUGUUCCCUUUGACUUUUGCUGUUUCUUCUCUGAAUAAAAAUCUAUUCAACCUUCCAUUCUUGAUCUAUACCUUCCUCAAACUCUUCUCUGCAUAUCUCAAAGAAAAGUAUGGGAAGAGCUCCUUGCUGUGACAAGGCUAAUGUAAAGAAAGGACCAUGGUCUCCUCAAGAAGAUGCUAAGCUAAAAGAUUACAUAGAAAAACAUGGAACAGGAGGCAACUGGAUUACUCUUCCAAAAAAAGUUGGUUUGAUAAGGUGUGGCAAAAGCUGUAGAUUAAGAUGGCUUAAUUAUCUUAGACCAAACAUUAAGCAUGGAAAGUUCUCUGACUUAGAAGAUCAAAUAAUUUGUACCCUCUUUGCUAGCAUUGGAAGCAGGUGGUCAAUAAUAGCAUCUCAUUUAGAAGGCAGGACUGACAAUGAUGUAAAGAAUUACUGGAACACCAAGCUUAAGAAAAAGAUUAUGGCUAAUAUUAAUCAUUCAAUAGAGAUGAAAGCUCAACAAAUUACCCUUUUACCCUAUCAAUCCCAAGAAUCUUUCACAGGGUCUUAUUCCUACUCAUCAACAUCAAGUCUUUUGAGUGGAAAUUCUUCUACUUCUGCAGCACAAGAAAGUUUCAACAUUGGUCCCACUGAAAAGUGCCAAUUAUUCAAAGAUAUCAAUGUCAUUGAUCAAGAGCUUGUUGCAAAGUGUGGUGAUAUUAAUUAUCUCUACAAUGAUGUGGAAGAUAGUGAGAAGUUGAUGUUUUCAAAUGAUGAAAAUGGAUUGUGGGGAGAAAAUACAUUGGAUUAUGGUUUAGAUGAAAUUAAUAAAGAGAUAAUAAGCACUGAUAUUAGUAGUUGCAAAAAGUAUUUGUUUGAUGACUAAAAGACAGAGGAAAAUGUCAUGAAUUUCUGAUGGAUGAUGUUGACUAUGUUGGUAACUAAAUGAAGAAGAGUUAGAUUGGUUUUUAAGUAUUGAAUUCACAGAACCACUUUCUUUGUUUCAAUGUACAUUGUAGAACUUCUUCACUGCUUCUAUCUUUCAAAUAUGGAGUGCUAUAUCUAUAUAUUUAUAUUAUGAUUAACCAUUUUGAUUUUCA